AUGGCGGUGGCAGCCUUUAAAUCCACAUCAAGAAGAGCAACCACAAGUACAGCAACAUCAGAUAAAGAAACCUCAAUAAAGCAGCAAACUUUAGAAAGAAAAGCAGCACCUUCAAGAAGAUCAAGAAGUGUCAGCGCAGUCUCAAGAUCCCAUCUCGUUGAUACUUCAACAACAACAAGAGCAGCAGAAGCAACAGCAGCAACAGAUUUCUUGAUUAAGAGAGACAACCCACUUUACUGGAGCAAUGUUUCUCCACCCGAUAAAGAAGUCAAUGAAAUCGUGGUUGAUAAGGAAGAAUUUAAGAGUCCACCCACCACAAAGCCAAAUGAUGUUGUUGAUAGUCGGAGAGGGAGAUCUGUGUCAAGAAAGGCUGAUGUUGGAAGAAAUGUUUCUGGGAUUGGUAGAAGUUUGUCAAGGGGUCCUGUGUCUAGAGGGAGGUCUGUGUCUCGGGGUCCUCUCUCUAGAGGCCAUUUCGUGAAUUCCGAGAGUGAUGCUGAAAAAGAAGGGAGUUCGUUGAUGAAGUAUAGAAAUCGGAGUGGUAGUUUGAGUGAUGUCUCAAAUGCUAGAAGAAGUAGUGAUUUAGGGAGGAGGAGUUAUGAUAGUAAAGUUGAGAAGCGAUCAGAUGGAUCUGCUGCAGAUUUGCCUUCUUUGCCCAUUAGGAGUUGGGAAGAUGGAGGUUUGGGAAGCUCAUUUUCAGAAGCAGAAGAGAGAACUAUUAAAGCAGUUUGUGAACAAAUGCAGUCAUUCCAAGGGGAUAAUAUGGGAGAUGACACCUCUGGUCGUAUAUAUGAAACUGUUCGAUCUGAAGUUAGACGUGCCAUUGCUGACAUCCAAAAUGAAUUAGAAAGUACUAUCCGGAGGAGUAAGACAACUGCUAUUGCAAUGGCCAAUGUGACUGAUAUUCCUCCUGAUCUAGUCAACCCAAGUGCAGUUGAAUUAGUUCUGGACAUCAGAAGAGAAUAUGCCAAUAAGCUUGAGCAGUCCCAGGAACGGGCGAGGAAGCUUCGAGCAGACCUGGCUGUUGAGGAACACCGUGGUUUAGAGCUUAGUAGAAUCCUGAAGGAAAUGCUUCCAGAUCCAAAGAUGUUGAACGUGCAGAAACCUCGUGUUGGAAGAAAGUCCAGCAUUGAAAGAAGGAAGGUGUCAAAACGGUUAACAGAUGAAGCCAUGGCUUAUUUUGAUGAAUGUGUGUCGCUGUCAACAUUUGAUAGCUCUGAUUUCUCAUCACCAGAGGAUCCACCAUUCAGCUUAGUUGGUGCUGCCUCCUCUAUUGGUGAUCAUGCAUCCUUUUCCCAAGCAAGUUCUAACACUGCAGCCAACUGCUAUCCUAAUAGUUUCGCUACCAAUAAACAGGUUUUUGCCUAA